AUGUUCAUACCGAUUCGGUUGUAUUCCUUUUUGGCGUGCUUAUGGUUUCUUCAACUAACCUUUGCAAAUAAAAUUCAAUUUGACAAUUCCUUGAGUUCCCAGGUAUGUUCGGGUAUGUAUUCAAAGGAUGCCUGGGGAGGAAGUAUGAAGCCUCACAUUGGAAUCAGGUUGAACGAAUAUAACAAGAAGAAGUAUGAUUCGAAGAAACAUAAACAAAAUGACGAUGGCGGCGAAGAUAUAAGUGUGAGCUUUGUGAUAUUUGAAUAUAAGGACAUAUCACAUAUUGGCCAUGAUUUAGGAAAUGGCCAUUACAGCUAUAUCUGUGAUGAUGAUGCUAUAAGUGCUGGGUUUUGUGAAAAGUCACAUAGAGGUAAAUUUUUGAUGAAUGCAAACGUCACUAAUUCUACUAUCAUGACUUCACAAUUGACUCACUUUGGGAAUGCACAUAUAAAUUACACCGUUCAUAGGACAGGAUACUAUUGUAUUGCAACUUACAGUAUGGCUCACAAGAAGUACAAGGGUAUUAUUAAUUUUCAAAAUGCCUAUGGUCACUUGAGUGCAAGUGAAAUUCCGAAGUUGCCAGCUUACGGUAUUUUGACCUUAUGCUACGCUAUAGCUUUGGCGUUAUUUGGAUUUCAGUUCUUCAAAAAAAGAAAGGAGAACCAAAUUUUACCUUUGCAAAAAUACCUUUUAGCGAUGCUUGGGUUUUUAACGUUUGAUACUCUUGUUGUUUGGUCAUACUACGAUUUGGUCAAUAGAACGAAGAAUCCUACCUCAAAAUUCACAAAGUUUUACAUGGUCUUUCUUUCCUUAAUGAACUCAACUAAGAUCACCUUCUCAUUCUUCUUGCUUCUUUGUAUCGCAUUGGGAUAUGGUGUGGUCUUCUUGAAGUUGGACAAACCAACAAUGUUGAAGUGUAAAAUUCUAGCUGGUUGCCAUUUCCUAGCAUCCGCAGGAUAUCUUAUCUCCACCUAUUAUACUGGAAGCUCGACUACUACAAUAUCAUCUAAUUCUUUCGAAUCUGGUGGUAUGAAUGGCCUACUUGGUUUGAUUCCUUUGAUUCCAAUAGGGAUAACUUUAACAAUUUACUAUAUCAGUAUUUUGGUUGCAAUCAGAAGGACCACGGCAAAUUUGCAUCAGCAACGACAAAUUAUAAAGUUGCAGUUGUACGAAAACUUAUUUAAAAUCAUUUUCUUAUCUGUGGUUCUAACUUUCGGAGGAUUGAUCUUGUCUUCAUUUAUUUAUUUGAGUAUGUCAUCUACUGAAAUGAUUGAGCAACACUGGAAGGGGGCAUUUUUCAUAUUCGAGUUCUGGCCCUCCGUGGUAUUUUUCGGUGUCUUUAUAUGUAUUGCAUGGUUAUGGAGACCCACAGAAACUAGUUAUAUGCUUGCAAUUUCACAACAGUUGUCUACCGAUGAAAAUGCCGAUGAAGAGACUGCUGCAGGAGGUUACCAUCAAGGUCAUGAAUUUGAGUUGGAUGAUUUAUCUCUACUUAGCCAUUCGGACAAUGAACAUGGCGAUAACGACAGUUUUGAAUUAGAUAAUGAAGGCGCAUCCGCCGCACCUCUCAAAUCAAAUCCUCCCGACUAUGAGGAACUUGAGGGUACGAAGAAACAUGAUGAGCCAUCGAAUUCUAAUAGUUCUACUCUUUUCAACAUAGGUGAUGGAGGGGAUUCAGAUUCCGAAAAUGAUGCAGAUGAUCGGUUGAAGAAUACAGAUCAUGAUGGUUGA